AUAUAGACGUUUAGAUAAUAGUAUGCACUGGUAUUUGUUCCAUAUUUGGUUGUAAGUGUAAAGAAGAAGGUUCAUAAACCGGCCUAAAAGUAACGGUUGCCUAUCGCAUUUUAAGAAGCGGAAUUUUCAAGUGACAAUGACGUACACGUGCAUAACCUGUCGAGUUGCUUUCAAGGAUGCAGACGUUCAGAGAGAGCAUUACAAAACAGAUUGGCACAGAUAUAAUCUCAAACGAAAAGUGGCAGACCUCCCUCCCGUCAGCGCAGAAGAAUUUCAGCGUCGGGUGCUUAUUCAAAGAGAAAAAGAUGAUCUUCAUAAUAAAAUAACGUCUGUACAUUGCAAGGUAUGUAGAAAAAAUUUCAGCACACAGAAUGCUUUUGAAAAUCAUCUGAAUUCCAAGAAACACAAAAUAGAAAUUCUAGAAAAUCCAGAACUUAUUCAUGAGGAUCAAGCUGGCAUGAAUGGAGACUCCCAAAAACCAAAAUUGUCACCUCAUCCUCAGGAAGUUAAGUAUUCGCCGCCUACCAACAUGGAAGUUGAUUCUGAUAACUCAGAUGUGGAUGAAGUUGACUCAGAUGAAUGGGAUGAAGAGGAAAAUCCAAUUAUGAAUAAUAAUUGCCUAUUUUGUUCACACCAUAGUGCUAAUAUGAUUAAAAAUUUGAAGCACAUGACUAUGGAACAUUCAUUUUUCAUACCAGAUGCUGAAUACAUUAUUGAUAUGAAGGGUUUACUAACAUACUUAGGAGAGAAAGUGUCCCAGGGUUUUGUGUGUCUCUGGUGUAAUGACAGAGGAAAGACUUUCUAUUCUGUGCAAGCUGUUCAGCAGCAUAUGCAGGACAAAGGGCAUUGCAAGAUGCUACAUGAGGGCGAAGCACUUGCAGAAUAUGCAAACUUUUAUGAUUACAGUUCAAGUUAUCCAGCAGACCAACAAGAACAAAAUACAGAUGAAGAAGUGUCCAUUCCAGUUCUUGAUGGUUCUGACUUCCAGCUAGUGUUGCCAUCUGGUGCUCUUAUUGGGCACAGAUCGCUAUUGAGAUACUACAGGCAAAACAUUGAUCCUAACCGCAGAGUUAUUCCACACCAAAAGAAGCUGCACAGGGUUCUGGCAACUUAUCGUGCCCUAGGCUGGACUGAGACGCAACGAGAGGCUGCGGUCAGGAAAGCAAGAGAUAUCCACUACAUGAAACGAAUGCAGUCAAAAUACGCAACUAAUCUGGGAGUGAAGGCAAACAAGUUACAAAGGCAUUUCCGACCACAAGUCAAUUUCUAAAUGGCAUUACCACAAAAACUAUACUUUGUAAUCAUGUGAAGUGCCAGAAG